UGCGGCGCGCGAAAAAUCGCUCGUGCUGUCGGUUGUCACAUUCAUAAUCUGUUUCUGUUAAAAUUUCCCGUAGCCGUUCAAAUACUUUUCAAUAAGCAUGGCGAGUUUGUUGGACCUCUGCGAGCAGUAUUUCGGUGCGCGUAACUUUUACGACGUCCUGAAAAUACCGAAAACCGCGAACGACAAGCAAGUGAAAAAGGCCUAUCACAAGCUGUCGUUACUCGUGCAUCCGGAUCGAGUCGAGGAAAGCAUAAAGGUCGAAGCGACGGAAAAAUUUAAGGUCCUCGGUAGAAUACAUUCCAUCCUCAGUGACAGCGAGAAGCGCAAGAUUUACGAUGAAUCCGGCCAAUACGAUGAGGAGAGUGAAGAUGUGGUGAUGCGCAACUGGGCCGACUACUGGAGGUCUUUGUUUAAAGAGAUUACCGUUGAAGAUAUUAAUAAUUAUGAGAAGACUUACAAAGGAUCCGAAACGGAGAUCAAGGAUCUCAAAAGAGCGUACAUGGACAGUAAAGGAGAUAUGGAUUACAUUCUGGAAGCGGUUCCAUUUACCAAUUGCGAUGAAGAACCAAGAUUACAUGCCAUAAUUGAAAAUCUGAUAGAG